AUGAGGAACACAGAAGCCAAGAACUUCAAUACCAAGAAUGUGAGGAACGCAGAAGCCAAGAACUUCAAUACCAAGAAGAUGAGGAACGCAGAAGCCAAGAACUUCAAUACCAAGAAGAUGAGGAACGCAGAAGCCAAGAACUUCAAUACCAAGAAGAUGAGGAACGCAGAAUUCAAGAACUUCAACGCCAAGAAGAUGAGGAACGCAGAAGCCAAGAACUUCAAAGCCAAGAAGAGGAACACAGAAGCCAAGAACUUCAACGCCGAGAAGAUGAGGAACGCAGAAGCCAAGAACUUCAACCCCAAGAAGAGGAACGCAGAAGUCAAGGACUUCAACACCGAGAAGAAGAGGAACGCAGAAGUCAAGAACUUCAACCCAAAAAAGAGGAACACAGAAGCCAAGAAUUUCAAAGCCGGGAAGAUGAGGAACGCAGAAGCCAAGAACUUCACCCCCAAGAAAAGGAACGCAGAAGUCAAGAACUUCAGCCCCAAGAAGAAGAGGAACACAGAAGCCAAGAACUUCAUCUACAAGAAGAUGAGGAACGCAGAAGCCAAGAACUUCAACGCCGAGAAGAUGAGGAACGCAAAAGCCAAGAACUUCAACCCCAAGAAGAGGAACGCAGAAGUCAAGAACUUCAAUCCCAAGAAGAGGAACGCAGAAGUCAAGGACUUCAACACCAAGAAGAAGAGGAAUGCAGAAGCCAAGAAAUUCAGCUCAAAGAAGAGGAACGCAGAAGCCAAGAACGUCAACACCAAGAAGAAGUGGAACACAGAUAUCAAGAAAAUGAGAGCAGGUGGAAGUGGCAUUAUCUGGUCAUCUGUGGUAUUGCUGUGGUUAUUUUAUGGUCGAUUCAUCAGUAUUGAUUGACAUUGGAAAAAAAAGGAGGGGAAGACAAAAACUACUUUCAACUAAUUCUAAGGCAGCGUUUGAACAGUCAAACUGAGUAGCGCUUUAUAAAUAUGGACAUUACUUGUACUUUACUCUCAUGCGAUUUCGCUAAUAUGCAUAAAUAAUAGUGGUGAUUACUUUGUAGUUGUUCAGACAGACACUAUGGGUGACAGCCUAUUUUGUUAUCACCUGUCAUUCCUUCCACUUGUCAGUUAACCUAUUAAGGACUCAAGGUAUUUUGAUGAUCACACCGGUCCGCCAAAGUUGCACUGAAUAAAAAAUGUACAGCGUAGAAUCUUGGGAAUCCCAAACGUGUGUUUCUAAAACAAGGACUAGGCCAUUUGCUGCAGCCGGAACGAAGUUCUAACGCGUACUCUAUUGCUCGCACAGAUGCGAGAUCAGGCUGUCACGAAGGAAAUCGGUUCCUCGCAGCAGUGCGAAAUCAGUCCUUGAAGGGUUAACUGCAAAUGUGACAUGCGAAGUGUGAGAGCUAUGGCUGAUCGAAGAAACCACAUUUUUGGCAGCUUCGGGCUGAAGGUAUAUAUAAAUUUCUUUAAUGAGGUUUAAAUGUAGAACAAAAUGCACUGAUUACCUUUCUAGAAGGAUCCCUCCAAUAGCAUGACAGAAUCUUGUCAAAUUCUCUUCUUUUUUCAUAGAGGAGCUCACAUACACGGUAGCUAGAAAUACAAUGGUGAAACAUGUAAACUGUAUAGAGUAAAAUAUUUUUUGAUUUCUUUUUC